ACUCGGCACCUUCGACACUGUUCCGGCGCCAUCGGCAUAACAGUGCAGCUGAAAUGUCAUUCUUCAAGGCGCCAACAUGGGCGAAAUCGCAGUCCAAGAAUGACGACGACGAGGAGGAGCAGACGGAACGGGACCUGUUCAGUCACAGUAAAAACUUCAUGGCAAUACAGCGAGAUAGGCUGGAGCAGGAAAUGCGCAGGAAAGAGCGAUCUAAACAGAAAGAACAGGAGCGUGAGCAGAAUCGCAAAGAGAAACUGGCGAAGAAGGAAUCCAAGGCUGCUAUCAAGCGUGAGAGCCCUGGCGCAGACUCGAGCGCCGAACCAGUCAAGAAGAGGCGGAUCACUUCAGAAGAAAGCGUCAAGCUGCUGAAAUCAGUAGGAGUCCGGCCCAUCAAUAUUGACAGCGACGAUGAGGAUGAGCAAAUACGAUAUGAUGUUGCGGAAAUCCUGCCUACUCGACGAUCACCCAGAACACGACACACGAGAGAUGCCUUAGGCCAUGAAAGAGCGAGGAGCAAUCUGAGCAACAUAUCGAAGACUGGUGGCGGGUUGGACACGGCAAGUAAGGCGGAGAUAGCAAAGGUCGCCAUGGAACAGCCUGCGGAGCCGGAAGAGGAUGAAGAUUCGGAUGAGGAGAUUGCGGCAUUGCAGAGAAUUGCGAGGGAGAAACAUCAACGUAGAAAGCAGCUGGAAGAAGCGCAGAAGGCGUUGUUACCCAGCGCAGCAGGCUCCGAUGCAAACCCAGGAUUGCCUACAACACCUCCGCCAGACCCCGUGAUAUCACUCUUCAUCACGUCGGAGAUCCCGAACACAAAGCCGCUCUUGGUCAGAAGGAAGUUGACACAAGAUUUAGGCGAGCCCCGGCGAGCAUGGUGUAAGAAGAGUGGCUUCACGGACGAGUUCAGUGACAAAGUUUUCUUCACAUGGUGUGGCAGGCGAAUGUACGAUGUUACAACUUGCCAACGGCUUGGCCUGGAAGUCGACGUCGCUGGCAAUAUAGUGCGAGCUGACGAGAGAGAUGAAGAUGGAGCUGCUCAGGUACAUGUGAUUGCAACUACGCAGGAGUUAUUGGACCAAGAAAAGGCAGAGCAAGUGAGGCAGGCCAAGCUCGAUAGUGCGGUGUAUGAGCCAGAUGAGCAGGCUACGGCUGAUGAGGAAGAGGACACGGCGAGGAAGGAGGUCAAGAUCAUAGUCAAGGCGAAGGAUGCAGAUGCGGUGCCUGUAAAGGUCUUCUCGACAACGAAGAUCUCCAAGAUCGUCAAUUAUGCGAAGAAGCGCAUGAAUAUAGCGAUCGAUCAGCCUGCGUACCUGACAUUUGAUGGAGAACGCCUUGACCCGGCAGGUGAAGUGGGCGACACCGAGAUUAUAGACAUGGACAAUGUCGAUCUCAUUCUCGGUGACUGACAUUCUAACACGACUCUGCCGAUUCCCGACUCGACAGAUGACCACGCGAUGACCUGGCUGCCACGAAUCCGAUGGUUUGGACUAUGCCAGCACCGACCUUCUACGUGGGAUACAGCAACGAAUGACACGACCUGUGGCCUUGCUCACGCAUAAGAUGCGUUGGACGAGGUGGCAAAGUGCCUGCAUUGUGCGCGCUCAUCCUUGCGCUAUAUGUGCGUGCCACACCGCAUACCUUACUUUAUAUUAUUGAUACCCCGCUGCUAGGAUACCAUAAUCAUUUUUUGAUGUGAC